AUGGCGGAGGUGGGGGCCCAGGGCCGCCUGUGGUUGGAGAGCCCCUCUGGGGGGGCGCCCCCUAUCUUCCUGCCUUCGGACCGGCAAGCCCUGGUGCUGGGCCGGGGACCCCUGACCCAAGUCACGGACAGGAAGUGCUCCAGAAACCAAGUGGAGCUGGUGGCAGACCUUGGGACCCGAACAGUGGCAGUGAAACAGCUGGGAGUUAACCCCUCAACUGCCGGUACCCAGGAGUUGAAGCCGGGGUUGGAGGGCCCUCUGAGGGUGGGGGACACGCUGUAUUUGGUCAAUGGCCUCCACCCGCUGACCCUGCGCUGGGAAGAGACCAGCACACCAGAAUCCCAGCCAGAUACUCCACCUGGCACCCCUCCGGUGGCCCCAGACGAGGAGGGGGAUCCGGAGCAGCAGACAAAGCGGAUGCGGAAGUCAUCCCCCAGCUGGGAGACCUUCGAGAAGUUGCUAGUGUUCACAGCAUCUGGGGUGAAACCCCAGGGCAAGGUGGCCGGCUUUGAUCUGGAUGGGACCCUCAUCACCACACGCUCUGGGAAGGUCUUUCCCACUGGCCCCAGUGACUGGAGAAUCUUGUACCCAGAGAUUCCACGUAAGCUUCGGGAGCUGGAUGCGGAGGGCUACAAGCUGGUGAUCUUCACCAACCAGAUGGGCAUUGGGCGAGGGAAGCUGCCAGCAGAGGAGUUCAAGGCCAAAGUGGAGGCUGUGGUGGAGAAACUGGGGGUCUCCUUCCAGGUGCUGGUAGCCACGCACACAGGCUUGUACCGGAAGCCAGUGACCGGCAUGUGGGACCACCUGCAGGAGCGAGCCAACGAGGGAGUGCCCAUCUCCAUCGGGGACAGCGUAUUCGUGGGAGAUGCAGCUGGACGCCCAGCCAACUGGGCCCCGGGGCGGAAGAAGAAAGACUUCUCUUGUGCGGACCGCCUGUUUGCACUCAACCUUGGCCUGCCCUUCGCCACGCCUGAGGAGUUCUUUCUUAAGUGGCCGGUGGCCAGCUUCGAGUUUCCAGCCUUUGACCCGAGGACUGUCUCCUCCUCAGGGCCUCUCUGCCUCCCCGAGUCCAACUCCCUCUUGAGCUCCGACCCAGAGGUGGUCAUCGCAGUGGGAUUCCCUGGAGCCGGGAAGACCACCUUCCUCAAGGAGCAUCUUGUGUCUGCUGGUUACGUCCACGUCAACAGGGACACACUGGGUUCGUGGCAGCGCUGUGUGACCACGUGUGAGACAGCUCUAAAGCAAAGGAAGCGGGUGGUGAUCGACAACACAAACCCGGACGUCCCGAGUCGGGCCAGGUACAUCCAGUGCGCCAGAGACGCAGGCGUCCCCUGCCGCUGUUUCCUCUUCGCCGCUACCCUGGAGCAGGCGCGACACAACAACCGGUUCCGGGAGAUGACCGGCUCGUCUCACGCCCCUGUGUCGGACAUGGUCCUGUACAGCUACAGGAAGCAGUUCGAGGCCCCGACGCUGGCCGAAGGCUUCUCGAGGAUCCUGGACAUCCCGUUCCGGCUGCACCUGGAGCCGCGGCUCGAGCGGCUGUACCGUCAGUUCUCCGAGGGCUGAGAUGCCCUGCUCCCUCACCCCAUAAUAAAUGGCAUUUUUCUUCAA